AACUAGUUCCCCUUGCUGAUGUUGCCCAUCCCUGGCUCUAUCCCCACGCACGUGUGAAGCUGUUCGUUGUUAUUUUUAUUUUACCCGAUUUUUGAGAAAUAAAAGGGAAGGGAUGCGGGACAACACGCCGCCGCACCGUCCGGACUUCGAGGACGGAGAGGACGAGCUGCUGGAGAUGAUCGAUCUGGAGGGGCAGCCGCUGGACGAUGAUGACGACGACUUGGAGGAGGUUACACUGGAGCAACUGGAGGCCCGACUGGCCGGUGCCGGUGACGACGACGACGACGACGAGGAGGAUGAGGAGGAGCUGCGCGACCGCGAGAGGAUAGCCAACAUCCGGGACGAUGCUGAGAUCACCUUCCGGCGCCACAAAGCGCCGGUUUUCGCCUGCAGCCUGCAUCCUUCGCACGACUGGGCAGUAACCGGCAGCGAGGACGACAGCGCCGUCGUGUGGGACACCUCCACGGGCGAGGUCCUCUUCGAGAUCACCGAGCACAAGGACACCGUCACGGAAACGCACUUCAGCCACGAUGGCCUUUACCUGGCCACCGGCGACCUGUCCGGCGAACUGUUCGCCUUCAAGGUCAGCGAACAGCGCGAGGAGCGCCCGAUCCUGACCAAGGUCUGGGAGUACUCCAUGAGCGACAUGUCCUGGCUCUUUUGGCACCGGGCCGCCAACGUCCUGCUGGCGGGCAGCGACAGCGGCGAGGUCUUCGUGUGGCGCAUCCCCAGCGGCGACUGCAAGAUCCUGCCGGGACAGUCGUCGCGCUGCGAGUCCGGAGAGCUCAGUGGCGACGGCAAGAAGCUGUUCACCGCCUACAUGAACGGAUCCGUGAAGCUGUGGGACCUCAAGAGUUGCCAGGUGCUCAUGGAGGUCAACGACCAGCAUCCCAUGGGAUUCGGCGAGAUCACGCACGCGGUGGUUGCCUGCGAGAGGGAAUCUCCGUUCUACAUCUGCGCGGAGGCGUCAGGCAAAAUGUUGUUUUGCACCAAUAACGGACCUGUGAGCACGAUUCAGUCGGAACACGGCAUUGAGUGCCUGGCCUUCGCUCCUCCUGCGGCGGAUCUCAAGCUCUUCGCCUGUGGCUCGCUGGACGGCAGAAUAUCCAUCUGGGACUACGGCAAGUCAUCGCUCCGUACGAUAUGCGAGAACCCAGUGCCAAACGAUGGUGUCAUAAGAAUCAAGUGGCUGAGCGACCACACCAUCCUGGCGGCCACUUCGCAGGGCAAUCUGAAUGCUUUUGAUGCCCGUACGGGAUCGUUGAAAUUCACUCUGACGGGUCACUUCUAUCACAUCUACGAGUUCGUCUACAAGGCGCAUGAAAAUCUGCUUUUGACGGUGUCCGAGGACAACACGGCCAAGAUAUUCAAGGUGCCACCGCUGGGCGACUAGUUAGGAUAUAGAAAUUUUGUACCGUGCUGUAUAUGUAAAUAGUAAAUACAUAUAAAAAAAAA